AACUUUUAGGAAAUAGGUUAUGUUGUGAUAAUUUUUGUACCUUGAAAACUAUAAUUUUAUAACAAAUAAUGAUACCCAAAAACGUAUUUCUUAAACGUUUAUGUCCGUUAAUUAUGCAAAUUGCGGAAGCUCAUCGGAAACCGAGAUGGUUGCCUGUAGCGAAAAGCAAAAUAUAUCGCAUUCCAAAACGGCCUGAAAUAUCAGAAGAGGAGCGAUUAGAGUUACUACGAAUUAACAACAAUUAUAAGACACAAAUGCGUGCAAUACGACGAUUUUAUCAUGAAGAAAUGAUAAAUGAGAAGUCAUCUUUACAGAGCGCCAGCUCGGAGAUGUCUCAGCGAGUGGAGGCGGAUGAAUGGGCGAGAUGCGUACAAAUUAAUGAAAAAUGGAACGCACAAGUAGCUGCAGAAAGAGAACAAAGGCGAAUUGUAGAGUUGGCAGCAAUGGAGGAUUACGCACUCAAAAGAAUGGAAGCAAAGGAUAGGGAACUUAAGGAGAAAAUAGCAAGGGCGUCUGCAGAAAUAAAACGUGAAAAGGAGUUAAGUUCAACAUUUAUAACACCGGAUAAUCUCGAAGCGGCCAUAGAUCACGCUCUAGCUAACCCAGUGGACUACAAUUAUGCUAUUGAUUUAAAAGGUAUCAUAGUGUCUGGAAGAGACACCCCGAUAGUAAAACCAGAAAAGAAGGAGCAGACUGCCUAGUGUUUUAGUGUUAUUUUAAAUUUUGUCAUAUUCAUUUUGUCAAUGAAUGCUUACAAAGUUAAUAUGUAAAUAGUAGUAUUUUUCAAUAAAAAAUAUAUGUUAUGUACCAUUAAAAGUAAAUCAACACAUACA